AUCAGGGACCGAAUCGGGUGCUGGCAAGAAGCUGCCCCCCGGCGCGAGGGGCCGGAAAAGCGCUCCGGGUGGCGGGGGGUGUAAAAGGUGUGUUCACCGAUGGGAUGCGCGACACUCCGGGAGACUCACCUGGGCUCGCUGACGUCACCCUGGGAGUGAGGAUGAGGAGGAUGAGGGGCUUGCGACUUGAGGUAGUGCAUAGUGGUGCGAAGCACGGAGUCCUGGCCUGGCAUCCAAGAACCCGGGCUCUGACCUUGCACAACCUUUCACUCGUCUGGUCCUCAGUUUCCUCACUUGUAAAUGAUGGAGUUGAAAUCCCUUCCUCCUGGAUCUAUUAUUGCUGAGGGAACAAGAAGUAUUCUGCAUGGAAAAUGAAGCUUGUACGAGUUCAUGCCAAUGCUCUGGCAUAUUCCAUGACUACGCUAGGGACAAUGAUGAUGAAUACAGUCUUUAAUUUUUACUACAUGCAGCUUUUUUUGAAGCGAUACAAGAUUUCAGAAGCUGCCUUUCACCAAUCUCAGGUAAUUUUUAUGAUCUGGAAUGCUCUUAAUGACCCUCUUUUUGGAUAUCUUCAAGACAACGCCAAGGCAUCUUAUUGUUCAGGACGUCAGAUUGCUAUCUUGUACGGUGCUCCUUUCUAUGCUUUGGCGUUCCUGCUUCCUUGGUUCCCUUGGAAACACUACCGUGAAGGUGACUGGCUUAGUGGACUUCACCUUGUGGUAUCCCUAUGUGCUUUUGAUGGCAUGUUGACAUUUGUACAGCUAGCCCAAUGUGCCCUGUUUGCAGAGAUCUCCACUCGGCACGAGAGCCGGCUUCAGCUUAUUAAAUAUAACCAAGUGGCGUCACUAGUGGGAUCUACCAGUAUACUUUUCUGUGGCCUUAUCUCCGAUAACAUGGAGAAUUUACCCCAUUUCCAGGCUUUUUCCAUUGUCAUUGCUGUUCUUGCUACUGCCUGCCUUUUCUAUACUGGUAUUUACAGUAUGAGUCACUAUGAACUUAAAGGAAGCCCUGGAGAAACCAGUAUCUCAGAAAGCCAGCCGGAGCUCUCCUGGGCCUCAGUCAUCUUGCUGACCAAACAGAUAUUGACCCAGAAAAACUUUCUGCUUUUCUUGGCAAUGAAUUUCUUUCAAGUCUUCCAUUUAACCGUCUUCAGUAACUUCAUGAUGAUCUUUGCAGAUAACCUCAUCCCCAAAGAUGCUUUUUCUUCUUCUAUGAGGAGCAUCAUGUAUGGGGCAGGGUUUAUUUGUCCACAGUUUCUUGUGCUCAUCAGCCACUCCUGGCUCAAGAAGUUUGGUUACUAUAAAGUCAUUUUAUUUUCCUUUUAUGUAGAAGUAGCAGCUGCGACUGUGAUGUUUGUCUUGGGACAGGAACACUAUUAUAUUUUGGCUUUUUAUCUCACAACUAACAUGGUAGUAGUUCAAGCCUCAUUUAGUUUGUUUAAUCUUCCUCUGGCUGACAUCAUUGAUGCAGAUGUACUGAAAUUCAAACGGAAAUCACCCCUUUCCUCAAUGGUUUUUGGGACCAAUGCUUUGUUUACCAAACCUGCCCAGUCUUUAGCUCCUAUGGUUAUAAUCACUGUGUUAAACCACUUUGGGUACGAACAACUAAACAAGAAGUCCAUACAGAUUGAUCCCAGUUUAUUAACAGGUCUUCAUGAUGCAAUGUUCUCCUUGAUUUGUCUGGUUCCCUUGUGCAUUGCAAUAAUCCAGAUUCUAGCUUGGACUCCCUUCUCUAUCAGAAGUAGCCAUGACUCAAACUGGGCAUUCACCUUCCAAUAAGAUCAUAUUCUGUCGUAAGAUUAAAAUGUGGUUUAAGAUUUUUGUAUUUUUUAAUUAAGAUGUUUUUCAAUCAAAAAUCUGCCUUCUCUUCCUCUCUUCUCCUCCCUUUGAGAAAGAAAUGAAAAACAAACUCCCUGUAACUUUUAUAUUUUUUAUAUUGAAUUUUUACUAUGCCAAAAGGGAAAAUUCCUCAUUAUCACCUCUUAUCUAUUAAAAAAAUAACUUCAAGAGUUCCCUUGCCUCUUCUGACUAUGGGACUAAAUAUAAUUUGUUAUUAAAUAAUGAUGUGCCUCUGGUGCCUGUAGAUUAUCAUUUAUAGUUCUCAGAAUAUAUUAUAUUCUCAGCAUAGCCUAAAACUCUAGGCAAUGGAAUUGCCACAUGAUUUGGUUAAAUGAAUUCUCUGUGGGUUGGUGGGAAGCUCUAGAGUAUACCUGCCUAUUAUAUACGUUAUUUUCAGUUUCUCUCACUAUACUGUUCUGAGCUGAUUUUUAGAAAUCGAUUGGUCCUUUAUGAUGGAGGGAUACCUCUGUAUACAGUUGGAUUAGCUGCAAAACAUUACUGUGCCAUAAUGAGCAGGUUUCUUAGGUUGGUGGACCUUUGAAAGUUUAGGGAUAAAUGGUCAAAGGAUUUAAACAGACAAUUUUCAGAUAAAGAAAUUAAA